CUUGACUUUUUUAUCCACACUAUAAAGAAGGCAAAAACAAACAAAAAUUCCAAAUUCUCCCCUCCUAACCUUUUUCUUCCCCUUUCUCACCAGAGUCUCCGCCGUUCAAUCUGCUCACCUUUUUCUUUCUCGCAACACUCAGAUUCUCCUUUAUCUUCAACAAAACCCUAACCCCCCACCCUUUUUAUAAGCACAAAAAAGUUCAUUUUUAAGCCAUUUUGCACAAUUCUUGAACGUUGUUGUUUGUUUUCUUGGAUACAAAAUGAAGUUGAAGAAGCAGAAACCCCAUAUGGGGUUUGUGUGUUUGUUGAUUUUCUUGCACCAUGUUGUCUCUGUGUACUCUCAGGGUAGUGCUGCGACAGAUGCCGCAGUGAUGCAAGAAUUGAAGAAGCGAGUUAACCCACCGAGUUCACUCACUUGGAGUGAUCCAAACCCGUGUAAAUGGCGUAAACUUGAGUGUACUAAAGAUGAUCGGGUGACUAGGAUUCAAGUUGGGGGUCUAGGGCUUAAAGGGUCUCUUCCGCCUAGCUUGAAUAAUCUUACGGAAUUGCAGGUUUUUGAAGUUCAAAACAACCAACUCACUGGGCCAUUACCGAGUUUUGCUGGAUUGAACUCGUUGCAGAGGAUUCUUGUUAGCACUAAUGGGUUUACUUCUAUUCCUAGUGACUUUUUUGAUGGUAUGACUUCUUUGCAAAGUGUUAACUUGGAUCAGAAUCCGUUUUCGCCUUGGUCUAUACCUGAUAGUUUGAAAAGUGCUACUUCUCUUCAGACCUUUUCUGCUAAUUCUGCUAAUAUUACUGGUAAAAUCCCUGAUUUCUUUGGUGAUGCGUUUCCUAGCUUGGUAGAUUUGCAUUUGUCUUUUAAUAAUUUCGAGGGUUCAAUCCCGACGAGUUUUUCGGGUUCUUCUGUACAAACGUUGUGGUUAAAUAGUUUACGAGGUAAGUUGAAUGGGUCAAUAGCUGUGGUAGGGAAUAUGACUGCAUUAACCACACUCUGGUUGCAAGGGAAUGAGUUUACAGGGCCUUUGCCUGAUUUUUCGGGUUUGACUCAGUUGCGAGAAUGUAGUUUGAGAGAUAAUAGUCUCACUGGUCCAGUGCCAGACUCUUUGGUUAAUCUUCCUGCGUUAAAGGAGGUUAAUUUGACAAACAACUUAUUACAAGGGCCUAUGCCGAAAUUUCCAACUUCAGUACUGCGAGUGGAUAUGUUGCCUGAUACAAAUAGGUUUUGUUUGCCACAGCCUGGUCCUUGUAGCUCACAGGUCAAUACACUGUUGGCUGUGGCUGAGGAUGUGGGUUACCCCAAGGUGUUUGCGGAUAAUUGGAAGGGGAAUGAUCCUUGUUUGCCUUGGAUGGGCAUAACUUGUGACGGUGGAAACAUUACAGUGCUGAAUUUUCAGAAAAUGGGACUUAAUGGGACGAUCUCUCCCAGCUACUCGUCCAUUAAAUCGUUGCAGAAGUUGAUCCUGGCAAACAAUUUUCUUACAGGAACUAUUCCAAAUGAGCUUACAUUGCUGCCAAACUUAAAGGAAUUGGAUGUUUCUAACAAUCAAAUUUAUGGAAAACUCCCACCAUUUAAGAGCAAUGUACUGGUGAAAACUGACGGCAAUGUAAAUUUUGGGAAAGAUAAUCCACCUCCAUCUGCACCUGGAGCACCUUCUGGUAGUACUCCUAGUUCGCCCGAUGGGGGUGGAGGUGGACAAACUCAUGGAGAUGGUAAAAAACCUAAAACUGGAGUAGUUGUGGGUUCAGUGAUAGGUGGUGUUUGUGGUGCCUUUGUGAUUGCUGGGUUGUUUGUGUUUUGUCUUAACAGGACUAAGCGCAAGCGGUCCGGUAGAGUUCAGAGUCCACACACAGUGGUUAUUCAUCCUCAACAUUCGGGAUCUGACCAAGAUGCUGUUAAGAUAACAAUUGCUGGUUCAAGUGUCAAUGGAGGGACAACCGAAACACAUAGUUGUGGAAGCAGUGCACCUGGGGACUUGCAUAUUGUUGAGGCUGGUAACAUGGUGAUUUCCAUCCAAGUUUUGAGGAAUGUCACUAACAACUUCAGCCAGGAGAAUAUAUUGGGAAGAGGUGGAUUUGGAACUGUUUACAAAGGGGAGUUGCAUGAUGGAACUAAAAUUGCUGUUAAGAGGAUGGAAUCUGGAGUUAUGAGCGAGAAGGGUUUGGAUGAGUUUAAGUCUGAGAUUGCGGUGCUUACUAAGGUUCGCCACAGGCAUUUGGUUGCACUGCUAGGAUAUUGUUUGGAUGGAAAUGAGAGACUACUUGUAUAUGAAUAUAUGCCACAAGGGACAGUCAGCAGGUACCUUUUCAACUGGAAGGAAGAAGGGUUGAAGCCUCUUGAAUGGACAAGGAGGCUAACCAUUGCACUGGAUGUUGCAAGGGGAGUUGAAUAUCUUCACGGCUUAGCUCAACAGAGCUUCAUUCAUAGAGAUCUGAAGCCCUCAAACAUUCUUUUGGGAGAUGAUAUGAGAGCAAAAGUUGCAGAUUUUGGACUUGUUCGCCUUGCUCCUGAAGGAAAAACUUCAUUGGUUACAAGGUUAGCUGGAACUUUUGGCUAUCUUGCACCAGAGUAUGCAGUUACGGGCCGAGUAACCACAAAGAUUGAUGUGUUUAGCUUUGGUGUAAUUUUGAUGGAGCUAAUUACUGGAAGAAGAGCUCUGGAUGAAUCUCAGCCUGAGGACAGCAUGCAUCUUGUCCCAUGGUUCCGCAGAAUGCAUAUAAAUAAGGAGACAUUCCGAAAGGCCAUUGACCCCACAAUCGAGCUUGAUGAAGAAACUCUGGCCAGUGUUAGCACUGUUGCUGAGUUGGCUGGUCACUGCUGUGCUAGGGAACCCCAUCAGAGACCAGACAUGGGUCAUGCUGUCAACGUGCUUUCAUCUCUGGCCGAACUCUGGAAACCUGCAGAAGUGGACGAGGAUGAAAUAUAUGGAAUCGAUUAUGACAUGACCCUGCCCCAGGCAGUUAAGAAGUGGCAGGCUCUCGAGGGAAUGAGUGGCAUUGAUGGCUCUUCUUCAUACAUUGGCAGCAGUGAAAAUACACAAACAAGUAUACCUACUCGUCCAUCUGGUUUCGCUGAUUCAUUUACGUCAGUAGAUGGACGAUAACUCGAUCGUCCAACAAUACUGGUGGAGCUUUUGGCCUAAUGUUGUUGUUCUUUAGAGGGUUGGUCUGUUCAUUCCUUGUACUCAUCCCCAAUCUUUCCCUUCUUUUUCUCCCUUUCUUGGUUCUGCAGGGUUUUGUUAAGAUCCUAGUGACAGAAUGAAGUUGCUUUCAUCUGAUUCUUCUUAAACUUAUUUAUUUUUACCCUCUGCCUUAAUUUCUAGAAGUUAUCCAAUAUGCAAAUAUUAUGAGGCAA